AUGAGCACCGCAAAGCGUGUUCGCAGGUCGCAGGGAGAGGCGCAACGAGCGGCUCCCCCAGCGGCGACUCCUAACAAACGGCCCAAGACCUCCCACGUGCCCUCAAAAUCUGGACUCGCUUUCCUGGUCAACGAGGACGCCAGAGCUGGCAAGAAGCUUGAUGCGAACCUCACAAACGGCGUCUCGCGCGCACGAUCUACCCGCGUGGACGAGUCACAUGCGAAUGUGGCACAGGAUACGAGUGGACAAGGGGAGGCAGAGGCGCCCAUAAGCAUCUCUAGCAGAGAGGAAGAUUCUAGCGAGUUGGCCCAUGAUGACGAAGCAGAUGCGGCGGACUCCAAAGAUGUCGCCCUCCUGACAAACGGCCACGCCAGCGAUGAUGAGGAUGGGCAGGCUAACGGCGGCGCAGGAGAUGCUGAGAUGGCUGAUGCGGAGGAGACGGCUUCAGCUGAGGAGCAGACAUUUGGAGACAUGCUACAAGCGCGACAUCCCGACCCGAUCGAUGUGUCUAAGUGGCUUCCCGCCAAUGCGGCAGACUCGCACAGUCUGGCACCCGCGAACCGGAACAGCUCGCUGAUGCAAAGUGGUCACUCUCUGGGUACUGUGUUGGUACAGGCAUUGAAGAACAACGACAAGGACCUCCUCGAGAGCUGCUUCGCGACUGUCGAUCAUUCGACCAUACGACUGACGAUUCAAAGGAUCAAGUCCCGCGAUGUGGCCUCGCUGCUGGAGAAGAUAGCAGAGCGCAUACACAAGCGUCCUGGCAGAACUGGGAAUUUGAUGGUGUGGGUUCAGUGGUCGCUAGUCACUCACGGGGGAUAUCUGGCUUCCCAGCCGGAGCUUAUGAAGAAGCUCAAUUCGCUAUCUCAAGUGGUUCGAGAGCGAGCAAACGGCCUGCAGCCUCUUCUCCAUUUGAAGGGUAAGCUGGAUCUUCUGAGUGCGCAGCUAGAGCUCAGGCGGGGCAUGCAAGAUGCGUCGCGGGCCUUGAACUCUGAAGACCUUGAUGAUCCAAGAGGAGUCUUGUAUAUUGAAGGCCGGGACGACGAUUUCACCAGUGACGACGAAGCGAACAAUCCACAAGCGGGCAACCAGUCUCGAAGGCGGAUAAAGGCCAAGCAGGAUGCUGAUGACGAUGAAGUAAGCGACGACGACGAUGAAAUGGGUGGCGAAUUACCCACCGGUGUCGCGCUCGAUGACGACGAAGACAGCUCUGAUGAUGGAGAUACUGCCGAGCAUGACGGCAUGGUCGAUAUAGAAGCCGAAGAGGGAGAGUCUGGUGACGAAGAAGAAGCCGACUCGGACGAAGAAGUGGACAGCGAUGCUGGAGAGGAAGAUGAUGACGAAGGAAGCGAGGGAGACGAUGACGAGGGCGACUCCGAGACUGUCAAAACACCAAAGGCGAACCUCCUGAACCGCAAGCGAUGA